AUGCUUCUCUUGUUAAUGUUAAUUUUGGAUGAAUGUCGUUUUUUUUCAGUCGUCAAUGAAUACGAUCGUCUUCGUGCUGCUUCUAGUAUUUUUUCGGGGAAAGAAAUAUGCUUGAAUUAUGAUGGAUGAGUGGGUAAUAUUGAAAACAUCAAAUGACUUCUAAGCUAUCCCUAGCGUUUUUUUGUGCAUAACGUUGUGC